GCGACGGCGGCGGAGCCUGAGUGAGCGAGCUGAGCGAGGCGCGUCCACCUGGCGGGCCCCGCGCAUGGAGCUGAAGCAGAGGCGGCGGCGGCGGCAGCAGCAGCAGCAGCAGUGAGCGGGAGCAGCGGCGGCAGCUCGACCAGCUGCGGGCGACCGCGGCGGCAGCCCAAGCCUUGACCGCGGCCAGCUACAGCUCGGGACACCGGCUGCGGGAGUCGCUGGCGACGUGUGCCUCGGGAGGCGGCCUGCGAGGUUUAACGACAUUUGAAAUUGGAAUGAAACAAUAAGAGGCUACAUUCAUGGAUAACCAACAAGACAAAGCUAUUGCUGCCUCAGCCAAUGGAGAAAACAAUCUGAUGAAUGGGGUCAAAGAAAAUGACUCAGAGGACCAGGACAUGGCAAUGAAGUCAUUUGCAGCUCUAGAAGCUACUACACCAAUCCAGCCUAUACCAGUGGUACAAAAGGAGUCUCCAAUGUUUCCCAGGGGGCUCCUACCACUGCCAUCUAAGAAGCCGUGUAUGCAGAGCCCUCCAUCUCCUUUGGGCCUGAUUGAAGCACCUGAUCAUUCUGCUAAUAGUGCGUCUGUGAAUGCCAUCUCCCUCACAUCUGGAGCUGCAAAAGGCCUGAACACAUGGUCACUGCCCAACGAAUGUGAGAAAGCUCCAUUUGCCAUAAUGGAGCCUGCAGGCAUGUCAGCUCUGAAUGGAGACUGCCUCAUGCAGCCAAGCCGGACUUGCUUAGGUUGCUUCAUGGAAUCGAAAGAAGCAGUAGACCCUGAGCCAGGGAUCAGUCUGAAAGUCAGUGAUCUAAACAGAGAUUAUGAAACAUGCGCAGUCUCUGAUAUAGGUAUUCAAUGCAUUAAUGCUGGGGAAAACAUCAAAUACGGAGAGCAGCUGCUUUCUGACCAGCUGUUAGGCUUCCCCCUGCAUAAAUCAAGGGCAGGAGAUAGACGAGAAACUGAGAAACCUGACAUUGACUUGGAAGAUCCAACUCAGAAAAGUUAUUAUGAAGCAUUACUGUUAGAUAAGUGCAAUACAGAAGAAGCUUUGCUGGCAAAUUCCAAUCAGGAUUGGGGUUACUUUGAGACUUUUAUUAGUGAGAGUAAAAUUGAACUACUUGACCUCUGUUCGAAGAAUGAACUAUCUGUUAACCUAUUCUCUGAAGAAGAUGUGGAUAACUACAUGUUUGAUGAUGAUGAGUCAACACUGGGCAGUGAUGUUUGCUCCCUCAAAAUUCGAUAUGAGUCCUUUCAGGACAAUGUUCGAGACAAGACCACUCUUCUGAUGCAGGAAGAUGCCCAAUUCAAUUUUUUCCCCAGUGUCUUUACUACGUGUCCCAAGCGGGAAUCUAAGAGUGGAAUUCUCAAGCAGAGCAGUGAUCUUUCUCAAUUCAAGGUCCCUGAUGUAAGCAUCAUCUGGGGAGAAGAAGAUAAAAAUUUAGACAAGAAGAAAGGCAAAGAAGAAGUACAUGAAGACGAAAGUAUAGAGAAAAAAGAUGAAAAAGAUGAUGGGGGAAAGGCUGAAUUAGAUAAUAAAGUGGAUAGCGGGCUUGAGGUAGAGCAGUUUAAGACCCUAAAGCCUGACCACCUUACCAAUUCCCUGGAGACAUCAGGGAAUUUCAGUGAUGACAGUUCCUUCAUUGAGGUCUCAUAUGAUGCCAUGGGGGAGAUCAAAGACUGUAGCCGCUAUAUGGCUCGGGACACUAAUUCUGGCAGCUCAUCCUCCCAGCAGAACUAUGGGCUGCGAGCCAAGAGAAAAGUCAGAUACAGUGAAGAUUAUCUAUAUGAUGUUGACUCACUAGAGGGGGAAAAAGUAAAUGAGAGAAAGGAAUGGCCUCCAGGUGGCUCCAAAGAAGAAGAUGAUGAUGAAUGGUGUCCCAAAAAGAGAAGAAAAGUAACCCGUAAGGAGCCCCCUGUUAUUAUCAAAUAUAUCAUUAUCAAUCGCUUUAAAGGUGAGAAGAACAUGCUGGUGAAGCUGAGUAAGGUAGAUGCCAGUGAGACAACAGUUAAUCUGAGUGAGAAUCAGCUCAGUAAGUAUGCCAAGUUAUCACCUUUGAAGGGCUUCUGGCAGAAGAAGAAAAAGCAGAGAAACAGCACUACAGACUCUAUCAAAACGCCCUUAUGCCAAAAGCAAAGCUUUGAACCAGGUAGCUUUGAGGUGUCAUUCCUGCCACCUGCUCGUAAACGAAAAUCUAAGCUUGGCAAUAGACAUAGGAUUCAAAGGAUCCAAUCCAUGGAAAGCUCAGCAAGUAGUAAGCAGGUUUCAUUCUGCAGUGAUCAGAGACAAGCUAGCAGUCGCAAAGAAGAAGGCAGUUUAAAAGGUACACUGAAAGCAGCACCUCUUGCUGCCCCAAGCUGUGCCAAUGGAUCCCAUUUACAUGGCAUCAUAGUCCCUGACUCUGUGAAAGCCAAAGCUCAAGAGCCAGAGUUCAAGGGGCCAGAGAGGAAAGUGCUCAACAAAAUUAAAUUUAAAAGUGAAGCUAGAUUAAAAUCCAAAAAAAUCAAAACUGGACAAGAGAACAAACCGGUUGUUCAAAUGAGCCCUGUCUUAGAAGACCCAUCCAUCAAGGCUAACUUAAAAAAUGAAGUCACUCCUGGGACCUCAAACAGUUCCCGUCUGUCAGAAUUUCACGAGACAAAGGUUGUUAAGAAUUCCACUUUCUUACCAACCACCUGCUCUUCAGAAAUGCCUCUGUCAUCUACUAAUGUUGCCACCAAUAUACCUGUUAUUCCUGGAGGGUAUCUGCAAACACUGUUAGAUGCUUCUGACUUGUCCAAUAAUACUAGCAUCUCAUACUUCACCAACCAUUCUCCAGAGCAAAAUGAAGGCAGCCUCGCUCAAACGGAAAAAUCAUUUGUACCUCUCCAGUCUGCUCAGGAUUGUGUGCUGUCCUCACCUUCUGACUCUGAGCUGCAACAUUCAUCUCAUAACUUCAAAGUGGAAGCAAGCAACUAUGGAAGUCUGUGGCCCGAUAAGGAUACAUCUGCUCCCCAGGACUUUAUGACUGAAGUCUCAAGGGACAUAGGCACAAACCAAUCUAGUGAAUUUGAAGCCUCUCAAGUUGUCUCCAUGGAGAAUAACCUCACAGCUAUAACAUAUAGUCCUGUCUGCCUCAGUAGUGGUGGGAGUGGUUGCAACAAGGUUCUGUAUGCCUCUGUGCAGGACACCCAUCUCCCAUCUGAUGACUCGUAUCAAUUGUGUCACUUUAAUAAUGGCGAGAUCUGCUUUCCUUUCCAGCAGGCCCCAGUCAGUACAGAUGAUGAUGGCCGGCUCUUUAGCUUUGACUCGAUGACUCCCCUUUCUGUUAGUUCAAGCAACUAUUGUUCCUUAAGCUUGAAAUCCUGUGAAAAAGAUGGUGAUGACGAUAUCACUGAUGACUUCCUGGCCCACUGCAGCCCCAAACUGGUGAUCCAGCAGAGCAUUGAUGAGAUAGCACCUCUAAAGGAGUCCACUGACCUCCUCGAUAUCUCCAACUUCACUCCUGACAAGUUCCGCCACUCUUCCCUUUCAGAAAUAUCUCCACCAGACACCCCCAGUCUUUCUCCUCAGAGUACCAGAUGUGAGAGUAUCAAAACACUAGGAACAAUGAAGGGAUUCCAAGAAGGCAUUGCAGGAUCGUUGGGCAGCAUGGAGAAAAUCAAGUGGGACUGUGCUACCCUUUCACAACAGGUCCAAGCAGAUGAUGGCUUUACUUUAAAUAACCAUCAGUUUCAGUUCCAUAUGUUCAAUGAUGAGGACUCUGUUGGCCUGCUCCAAAAAACCCCUUGCCUGUCAACAUUUGAUGAGUCAGCUGGGCAAAUUAGUACCAACAACAAAGUGUCAAAAUCAAGAAAGAAAACAUCGCCUGGCAAGAGUGGAGUUGUGAGCCAAAGUUCUUCUCAGAAAAACACCAGGAAAAAAUCUCCAAAAGCUAGCAACAAAGGGGUUGAAAAGCCACCUAGCAAAACCUCACGCCAGGUUCCCAAAUCAACAAAGAAAGGGAAAUAUGUGGCUGCUGUCAAUGGAGAGAAAAUGCAAAUUGGGAUUGGCCAUAGUGGGAGCCAACCUAAUACCACUUCCUCUAGUGGAAAAACACUGACUGAAUGUAUUCAACAUGGUGGUCCUGUUGCUCCUAUGAAGAUGCCAAGUCAAAAGGGACUUUCUGGAGAUUGGGCUUUGGGAAAGGAAAGCAGGCCAGGAUGGAAUGACAUAAGCGUAGGCACUAAUGCCAACAACCUUCUGGAUGAUGACCAACGGGAAUUUCAAGAGCCUUCUUAUAUCUUGUCCAACAUUGCCUCUGGCAUGGCAGACGUGCAGAGAUUCAUGAUGGCCUCCAUAGAGCCCCUUUGGGAACCCAUGGAGCAUCAAGGAGAGUCCAACACAUUCUACUCCCCUGAUUCCAAUAGCCUAAAGUUAAAAACCCUCAAGAUAUUGGCUGGGACACCACAAGAAUCUAAGAAAAAAGUUAAUAAUGGGUCUUCAGGAGCUACUAAGAAUCAUAGGUCAGUCAAAAGUGUGAGCAAAAGCAAUGGGAAAGCAGCAAUUGGUGAUCCUGGUCGUGCAGACAUGCCUGGUUACAGUGAGGACUCUCGAUCUGCCUUCUUUGAUAAAAAGUACAGUAACAUAAGCACUUUAGGCAAUAAUGGACCAACACACAAAAAAUUAUAUCGUCACAAGUCCAGCUCCAAGGCCCUGCGAGAUGAGAAAUAUAAGGGAAAGCGCAUGGACCGAGAACAGGUCCACAAGGAUGAGGUUGGGACAGCUUCUUUUGAAAAACUGAGGUAAUACUGCACCAAAUGACUGAGAAGAAAAGCGCCCUUGGCUUUACUACUACCUGCUGAGCCUCAGAGUUCCUCAUUUUUCCCUCUUGAAAGCAGACGUUUGCAUGAGAGACUCUUUCCCAUUCUCUUUUUUCAAAUUAAAAAGAAAAGAAAAAAAAUGCAUGGAAAUCCCUUUAAGCCACCCAAAAUAUCGGGCAAUUUUGUUGUGGCUUAGCUAGGGAUAAGUUCUAACAAAGGCUACGUUUUUCUUCUAUUCAGCGUUAAUUUUUGCUUAUUAAGAAAAUAGAACUAAAAUAUGCUCUUGAAUGAUUUUUGGAAUGGAAGGGCUUUGCAAUAAAGACAGAUUCUGAACAACAUAAUCAAAAAGUCAUGUAGACAAAAAGCCAAGAUCAUUUAAACAAAAGAGCAUUAGCUGUCAACACAUGACAACUAGGAGUGCUUUCUCUAUCUUUCUGCAGCAUACAACAUUUAGUAUGGUGUCAGUAUAUUUACAUGGUAUGAUCCCUUCGUGGGACACACAUCAAAACUUACUAAGAUGGUAUAAAUUCUUUGAUUCUUUUCUGCAGGGAUUAACAGCUACAAUCUCCUAAAAGCAGAAACAGCAUUUUGGCUUUUACCUGUGUUUGAAGAAGAGACUCACAUUUUCCAGAAAGACAUUUGAUGUUUGUGUUUUAUUUCUUUCAAAAUAAACUUUGUGGUAUGUAUGUUGACCUGUAAGUGCUUAAAAAGAGAAUUUUAAAUUGUGGGAAUAAGUCUUUGAAAUCAAACUUUAAUCUGAUGUUCUGUGUAAAAGAUUUCUAAAGUCAUACAGUUGCACGAGUAGUUUAUGCACUGUUUGCCCACUAGGGAAAAAAAAAAGGAAAACAUUGUGCCAAACUACAAAUUAGUAACUGUACUGUAUAUAGUUUUACUUCUAUAUCAACAUUUGGUUGUGAGUAUUUGGGGGACUUGUCCCUGUGAAUUUACUAGAAACAUUCCAGUGAUUCUUGCUAUUAACCACCCCCACUUUUGUGGAUAGCACCUGUAGAUCACAGUGGAAAAAAAUAUGUUGUGUUAUACAGUUUACCAAAACAAAGGAUAAUGUUUGAAUUGUGCCAAAUUUUCUUACCUCAUCUCAUAAAUUCACCCCACAGUUUAAAGCUCAUUAGGGAUUAUUAUUAAGUAUAUAUGCACACACAUGUAUGCAAUGUGUGUAUACAUAUACACAUCCAUACAUAUAUUCUUUUAAUGUUUUAAACUCUACUAUCCUGUGUGGAAACAUGAACAGAAAACAAGGCACAAUAAAGAUUUGUUCAUUCCAUCAUCUAAAGAGUAAAAUGUUGGAAAAGCUUGAAGGUCACAACAGCUAAGUCCAUCAAGGACAGAGUAUAUGCAUUUACA